AUGACUUUUCUCAGUCCAUUGAUAGCUUACCCAGCACCUCAAAUCAAAGAGACAUUACUUGAACAUUCAAAGGGCAAAUCUAUUGACUCCUUACAAACUCCAGCACUUUUAAUCAACAAAUCAGUGGUUCAAGAUAACUGUACAAGAUUGUUAAAAAGAGUUGAUCACUUGGGAUAUAGGUUUAGAGCCCAUGUAAAGACCCAUAAGACUAUUGAGAUCACCAAGCAACAACUAGGUUAUGAUUUACCUAAUUAUGAAGGGAGAAAAUAUGACUCAAUAGUGGUGUCCACUUUAAAGGAAGCAUAUUCUGUGGUCAAUUAUCAAGAGUCCACGGGUGAAAUAUUUAUCAACGAUAUCGUUUAUGGGUUACCAAAUAUUGCGGAGGAUACUUUGUUUCACAUUUUGGAAUUGAGUAAAAAAGUCAAACAUUUUAGAUUACUCAUUGAUAAUGUGGAACAUAUCAAGAUUCUUAAAGCUUUCAAUGACAAGUACAAUGUUGAGGCCCCAUGGUCAAUAUUUAUCAAGUUGGAUGCUGGCACUGCUAGAGCUGGUAUUGAGAAACCACAAGUGUUGAGCCAUGUACUUAGCAAAGUGCUUUCGAAUCCAUAUUUAAGUCUCUAUGGGUUCUAUGUUCAUGCCGGUCAUUCCUAUAGCUCAAACAAUGUUGAAGAAAGUGAAAAGCAUUUCCUUGAGGAGUUGCAAUGUGUGUCAGAUGCCGUGAACUUGUUGGAACAGAUAGCUCCAGAAUUGAACUUUAAAGAUAUUGUUGUUUCUGUUGGUGCUACACCAACUCUUCAUUCAUUAGAACAUGACCUUUACACGGGCACAAGUAAAAAGAUAGAGGAUUUAUUAUCUAACUUGAAAGCCACAUUGGAAGUUCAUGCUGGUAAUUAUGGAUUGUGUGAUUUGCAACAAGUAUCAACUGGUUGUGUGAAUACAGGUAAUGUUGGUUUGCAUGUCUUGACAACUGUUAUCUCACAAUACCCACAAAGAAAACAUCCAAUUGGCGAAUUAUUGACGAAUUCUGGUGUUAUUGCAUUAUCAAGAGAACCAUCACCAAAGUUUCCAGGUUUUGGAAGAGUUGUUACUGAUCCUAAAUAUGGCGAAUGGGAGGUUAAUAGAUUAAGUCAAGAACAUGGGAUCCUAAGACCAGUUGGGAAAUCAUUGGAAGAAGGCAAGUUGAUACCAAUUGGAACCAAGGUGAAAAUCAUUCCAAAUCAUGCUUGUAUCACUGCCAAUUCAUUCAAUGCUUAUUAUGUGUUGGAUGACAAAGAAACCAUUAUUGAUGUCUAUAUUCCUUGGAGAGGUUGGUGA